AUGAAGGCGGCACCGAGAGUGUUGUCGACAGAUCCUGCGGCCAUUCGAGUAUGUUCAGAAGGCGAGUUGCUUUUGGACCUGUGGGAUUUCCCUGGUGAAAACUCUGGAAGCUCGGUUAAGUAUGUCCACUGGCAGGACGCUCGUGGAUCUGAGAAAAAGUGGAGGCAAGGUAAGAGCUUAUGGUUGGGCUGUGCAACCAAAACAUGGAAUGUCCCUGGAAUCCUGGAAAGCCCGAGCGGCACCGACAUAGUAUCCGUCUUCCAGGCUUCCAAGCCCAACGGAUGGCAUGGCCUAAGAGAUCGUUAUGGGCAAGGUGCGGACCCCAUUGACUGA